AUUAAUUAAAUUAUUAGUUCCAAUGGAGAGGUUUCGUUUGUGUUAUCUGGGAGAUGUACUUCUCUCGUUAUCGACAACAUCGCUACAGCUAAUGGUGCUUUACUUAAAGUGCGCUCUCCAAAAAUGGAAAAUCGAAUUGUAUCGAUGGUGUCUUUUUCAGGUUUCUGGAUGCAGUUACACAAGUAAAUUUUAAUAAUGUUUUAUAUUAGGGAGAAUAUUCAGGGAGAAUUCUAAGUUAAUCACAAGUCGUGGAAAAAAUAACUUAUCUAUCUGUCUACAUUUCAAGCAUGUACAUAUUUCAACGGAUGGUGAAGACAGAGUGACAUGCGGUACCAAGAAUGCAAAAUGCAAUUCAAUUAAGUACGCCAUUUCCCACAUUGUCAAGAACGGAGAUGUUAUUGAGCUGGAAGGUGGGACGUCAAAACAACCUGUUUUCUUCAUCAAAAACACAAUUCUCGUAUCAAUAGAUUUAUCAAUUAUUGGGUCUGCUGAAAGCAGUUUCCAUCCUGUUGUUACAAGCUAAAAUGCCACCACAUAUAUGUUUAUGUCAACAGGAAAAUUUCACUGCGAAUCUACGUUUUCUGGAAUUUAAAAACAUUAAUCUUAUUCAAAUUGAAAGUCAUAACAUCUUUUGCAACAUUACAUUAUGGGAUACAUUGGUUUUUCAGUCAGAAGUUAUGCGAAAUCGGGCAUUUAUUAGCAUUUACGAUAGUUCCCGUUCUAAUUUCAGUCAUAAAGGCUCUAACUAUACGACUGAUUGGCUAACACCUAGCAUGGCACCAACAUCUGGAAUGCAUUACAUAUCCAUUACCAAUUCAGUAAUUCACACAUGGAUGUUACUUUCUGCACGAACAACUUCAACUCUGUCCUUCGCAAUUCAAAAUUCAUCAGCUUUUUCCAGAAGCUCUAUCAAUGUAGCUUGCUCAAGACCGUCUUACUCCAAAACAAAGAGUUUUAUGUCCCUGCAUAAUGUGAGUUUUCAUAGCCAGACAGCAAGACCCGGUCUGGUGGUAAAAGAUUGCUUCACAAGGGUCGAAAUAUCACAGUCAAAAUUUCAAUCCUAUGGAAUAAAGUUAGAUAGCGUAGAGGAAGUUAAAGUUAGAGUUUGUGUUUUUGCGAAUCUCCAAAAUACAACAUACCUUUAUGUUAGAAAUGUAUCAAGAACUAGCAUUCAUGGGAACAUUUUCCGACAUAACAUCAAUAGUAUAUCACUUAUACAGCUACACAAUUCUGUUUCAGUUUUGACAUCAAAUAUCUUCGAAAGGAAUUUAUUUGGCUACGGUAUAUUUGUUACAGGUAGCAUUAUUGAAAUUCAAGACCUAAAAUUUCAUGGAAACAUAGGGAUUACAGGAUUACUCAUUCACUCUAGUGUUGCCAGCAUAGAGUUCGCAGAAUUUACACGGAAUGAUGAUUUUAAAGGGAUUUACAUGCAAUUGUGCAAUAAGAUGACUCUUAGAAACAUUUCAUUUACCUAUACUAAAUUCAUCAGGGAAGCUCAGCUGAUAUCUAUUUAUAAAUGUAACAUUCAACUUUUUGGAAUAUCGUUCUCACAGAAUUCUGCAACCAAACCGUUACCAACUUAUGUCAACAUGUUUAUAACAACAUCAUUGAUGUUUCAGCAUAUUCAAUGGCAUUUAUCAAGAACGUCGGCGAGUUUAUUGGCAUUUCGAUAAGUUCCAGCCAAGUGAUGCUAAACGGUGUCCUAUUCUCAAAAAACAAGAUUCGAUUCCCAAUGGUUGUUACGGGUUGCGUAAAAUCGAAACUUUACAACGUUUUAUAUUCAUCAAAUGUUUUUACAAAACGGGCCUCAUAUAUCUCAAUUGAAUCCAGUCAAGUCUUUCUGCAAAACAUAUCAUUUCGUGACAACAACAUCUUAUCUCGAAGUCAAAAUAAUUCAGGCAUAAAAAUCAUAAGAAGUUUUUGCACCGUUGUGUCCCUUUUUAUAAAAAAUAAUCAUGGAAUCUUCGAUGCAAUUCAAUUUGAACAAAGCAUGGUACAUAUUGAAAAUGCGACCAUUCUCGACAACGAAAUAAAUGUAAUUAUAUAUUGACUUUUCGGAAAGUUUAAUUCCGUAAUUGAAUCAGUAACAGUAGCUAACAGCAAAUUUGUUAACGGGAUUCUAUUAACCGCUUUUCCAAAAAUACAAGUUAAUAACUUUAUUAUUAAGAACAGUACAGGAUAUAUAGGAAUUGGCAUACAAAACUGUACGGUUGACAUGUCCUCGGUGGCUAUGACGAGUACAAACCUAACAAGUGCUAUUUCCCUAGCGGACAGUAAAGCGGUAUUAACUAAUGUCAAUAUAAGUAAAAACAGUUUUGAUAUGACAGGAUUAAAGAUAGCAGACUGCAAUGGAACAAUCUCAUUUGUAAAAAUAGAUAACGUCAAAGGAGAUUUGAUUCUAAUUUCAACGCGUUACCCAGCUAUAUCCUUUAUUCGAAUGUGGUCUAUCUCUCUGCAACCAAUUGACAAUACAAAAAAUGCACUAACAGUCCUAAGUUCUCGCCAUCUUGGUAAACUAGAGAUAUUUGACGUUCAUAUAUCGCCAUUGACAGCACAAUAUGGUAGUUUAAUUGCUCUGUUGGAAUUAUUCGCAUUUAACAAUUAUUCAUCGAUACUAGACAAUAAAGAAACAAAUAUAAGCUUUUAUAUGAAAUGUCCAGUAAAUUACAAUCCUGUAAGAGAAAGAAGCAGGGUUUUUUUGAUGAAAUACCAGUAUUUCUGUCUCAAAUGCAAAAGAGGGUUGUAUUCUAUCCAAAAUGGAAGCAUCACAACUCAUUUAUACAUGAGUAAAUACAAACCAAUAAAAGAGAGCUCGAACGUUACUCUUGCAAAAUGUUACAACUGCCCAAGUGGUGGAGACUGCACGGAUGAUCUAGUAAGUAAGGAUAAUUUUUGGGGUCACGCUGAAGAUAACAAUAGAAUAUUAUUUUUGCCAUGUCCUGAGGGAUAUUGCUGCACCAAAGAUAAAACACCAUGUGCCUCUUACAACACGUGCACCAAAUAUAGAACUGGGACUUUAUGUGGUAACUGCAGAUCCGGGUAUUUUGCAGAUUUCUUCUCCAAUUCUUGUAUCAAAAGAGAGAAUUGCAAUCAAGUAACGCCAUUCUGGGUUCUUUUCCUUUGCCAUGGUUUUCUGUACACAAGCAUUAUUGCGUUUUUGGAUGACUUACCAGCAUGGGCAAAAAAGGCCUGGUCAUUUAUCCGGCAAAAAUCAUUUGUGGUCACAUCAAAACUGAAAAAUAUAUGUAUCAAGAGUCCUAAUAAUGAUUCAAUGCAGAUUCCUUUGCCCAUUGCAUAUUAUGUCAAUGCAAGGUGUCUUGAAACAACGAUUGGUGAAAAUAUAACUGAAGUUAUCGCUAAUAAUGACGUUGUUACUGAUGCAUGUUUAACCACCAUGGAAAGCAAUCAUUCCGCUGAAUGUAACUUGACUCACAAAAGUUCAAAAAAUAAAAGUCUAGAAGUUGUAAGAAAAUUGAAUGUUAGCCCAAUUGGGAAUUCGGUUGAUAAAAAAAAUAAUGGACAGAUUUCAGGUAUUAUCAGUGUAUUAAUUGCGUUCUAUCAAAUCAAAAAACUAAUCACGGUUAAAAUUGAUGUUCAAUUUAGAAAUUUGUACCACGAAAACUUCCUAACAUCAAUAUUAAACUUUGAACUUUUCGAAAUCGGUGCAAAACUUUGCCCGACCUUCAGCUUGGAUGACGUGCAGAAAAUUGCAAUAAGAAAUGGUUUAUUUCCUAUCUUACUACUUUUCAUAACAAUAACAACAUAUGGAGUUGCAUUGCUUGUUUUAACUUUCAAAAGUUGUUGGAAAGGUAUGUUGCUGAAAAGAAAGAAGUUAGGUUUACGAGUCAGUAUUUGUAUCAUAAGUAUCAUUUUAUGGAAUUACGUCAAUAUUGUCAUGUUGACACUCACAUUGAUCAACUGCAGACAGAUUACCAAUGAGAAAGUGUUGUAUAUCAAUGGUAAUAUGCAAUGUUUUGUUUGGUGGCAGUUUCUAUGUUUUAUUUUCUUAUCACUCUGGGUUAUACUGUUCUGUCCGUCCGCGUAUUUUGCGGUAAAACUGUUGCAUACCGGAUGUUUAAGUUUAGGCGAAUUUCAUCAAUGUUUCUUAAUACCUUUUCUGACACCGUUUUACUAUAAAAAGAGUAAAAUUAGAAAAACUGUAUAUUUAGAAAAAAAUGCAAGGGAUAACGUUCAAGCACUAGUAAAUUUGUUCGAGAAUCCUUUUCGUCAGAACAAAAAUGGAAAUGUAAUUAUUUGGGAAGUUUGGAGACUUAGUCAAAGAUUAUUGAUCGCAGUCUUUGCUGUAUUUUUCAUCAAUCCAUUAGAGCGUAUUAGUUACAUUGCUGGAAUUAUGUUGAUACUACAAGUUAUUCAUAUACGAGUAAAACCGUACAAAGAAAAGUUGGUCAAUUUGUUAGAGACAGCUUCCCUGACAUGUUUAUGUUUAUUGGUGACAAUGAACCUUCUUCGAGCGUAUUUGUUUGUGUACAACAUACCAAAUCAGGAGUCAAUGACAACAAUAUUGAGAGUGUUUUCAAUACUGGAGUUGAUUUUCUCGCCAGUUAUGAUGUUAUGUUUCUUCUAUGCUUUCAACUUUGUUAAAUUUUGUUUUGCACGUUUAAGAAAACUCUUUCACAAUUUCCUUAUGUAAGAAAGGGUAGAUAGAAGUAUAUUAAUUUACAAGGAAUGUUUGUUGAAGAAACUUUUUGCGGUUUAGCUUUACCGGAAUUUCUUUUUACAUUUUGCAGGAAAAUAUUUAGUUUCGACUAAUUCUGAACGAAAUUUUUAAUUCCAUUUCUAAUUGAAACAUUGUGUGGGAAACAACUUUGGCGGUUCACGACUGUCCUUACUUUUGCUAAAAUAAACUUUUGCGAUUUUUUUAAAAAUCGUAAAAGCCGCAAAAGUAUCUUCGACAAAUACUUUUUUAUUAAAAUUCAUUGUAGGAUAACAAGGGAAAGUCAAGUAAACAUAUAAAAAUAAUUCUGAAUAAUAAUGCAAUGCUAACAUUUUAGACGUUAACCUGCUUUAGUCCUAGACCCAAAUUUUAUCUGUUAAUGCACAGGAGAUCUGAUUCGAUCCAUUUGUUUCACGAUUCAUAUCGCAAAAGGCAUUCUGUUUUAAACCGAUUUCUCGCAUUAGUCUAUAGAAAGGUUUAUAGUUUUCACGCCGUUAUUUGUAUUUCUAUAGAAUGUAAUUUCUUCACUCUACCCAAGGCGUUGAUUUUCUGAUAAGCAGAAAAGCAAAAAAAGUUUCUCCUUUUUUACAUUUUUAUGUGAGCAGAUGGUGUCAAUUAUACAAUUCUUCACCAAAACAGUAUAAGCACCCCCUCCCCCCCAAAUUAGAGAAAAAGAGGCUGGGGAAGAAGUCGAUUUUGGUUGCUGUCUGUAGACCACUUUCCGCAUGUUGAAGUUGUUUUGAUUUGAUUUUGAGAACAAUGGGCAUGCGCGCACUUUUGUGUAGGUGAAAAAGCAGGACUCGCACAGGGUAAAAUGGUUAUUAAUAAAGAUUAAAGAUUUUUUUGAGUAGCAUAAGAUCCAAGAGGAACUGGAAUUAAAUUUAAACUAUAUUUUUUCUAAUUCUUCUUAAAAAACUAAUUCAUUAAUUUUGAGCGAAUAUUUCUUUUUUGGAUGGAUUUCUUUGAUUACUGUAGUCUGUUGUUCAUAUUUUCUGCCUACAGAAAUCCUCGCGCAUGUGCAAAAAACUUUUUAACUUUUGUAAACAUUGGCAAGUUAUCUAUUGUGCUUGUUAACUAUUUUAUUGCGUACAAAAUGUUUGCAUAAAUUAUGUUAAGAAAGAACGUUUAUAUCAAUGUAGGAAAUCUGAUGAUGGCUAAGCGAAAUAUCACCCAAA